UGCUAAUGGCCGCUUCCGGUGACAGGCUUUCUCAGCGAAGCGAAGUUUCUGUGGACGUGAGAGAAGCAAAGGGGGAAACGACACCGAUCAAGAACGCAGAAGUGAGAAUGUCAUCCACAGACCUCUUCAUGAACGCAGAUGAAGUUAAUCCCAUCAAAAACCGUUAUCCACACUGCGUUGUUUGGACCCCCAUACCACUGCUAACAUGGCUGUUUCCUUUCAUUGGUCACAUGGGCAUUGCCACAACAGCUGGAGUAAUUAGAGAUUUCGCAGGACCAUAUUAUGUUUCAGAAGAUUGUAUGGGAUUUGGAAACCCAACAAAGUAUUGGCAGCUAUCAUUGGACAAUGUUCACACAGGGAAGGAGGCAUAUGACAGAGCAGUAUAUGAGGCAUCAGAAGAAUAUAAAAAACACAUGCACAACUUAUUUUGUGAUAAUUGUCACUCCCAUGUUGCCCUGGCAAUGAACACCAUGCAGUAUGACAAGAAGACAUCCUGGAAUAUGUUUUCUCUGUGUUUUCUGAUGCUGAUUCACGGGAAAUAUGUGAAUUGCUGUUCAUUCAUCAAAACGUGGCUUCCAUUCUUCAUUCUGGUUGGAAUCAUAGUCACAGCUGUUUUGAUCACCAAGCUAACGUGAUGAAAACUCCAAGAAUGUGACAUUUAGAAUAUUCAAAGACAGUUUAAGUUAGAAACUGAAUCGUUCCUAAAGAUUCUGAGUGGGUUUUUGCCUAUGAGGCAUGGCAAUUCAACCCUUCAUCAUAGGGUUUUUAUCACAUGAAUAACUUGUUAAUGUGAGCUUCAUGAGUUAGGAUGUCAUCUUGAUGGGGAGAAUUGACACGCCCUGGUGACAGUUAAGGCAUGAGACAAGAGAUAAUGAAAAACCCAUUUGAAAUCAAUUGCAUAUGUAGACAGAAAAAAAAGCAAAUAAUUUCCAAAAGAGAUUAAUUGUGUUUUUAUCUAAAAAUCAUGUGAACAAGGCCUUGGAACAAGGAGCCAAAAUGUCACACCUUAUUUGUCAAGUUCUAUCUCUUUAUAAUUGAUUUAUUUUUUCUUCCGCGUUGUAACUCGAGAGACAGUGGAGAACCUAGUUCAACAAUUUUUUAGACAAAUUCAUCAUUACUGGGGACACAGAGGUCAGGGUCACUUUCCCACUUCCAAAGGUGAGGAAAAAAGGAUUAUCUCUCAUUCUGACUGAGACCCGCAGUAGUACCUCAAAUUGUCUAAAUUAAUUUAGAAAUGAGAGAAUAGACUAAAGAAUUAAAA